AUGUCAGGCCGCAUUCCCAACGUCAGCACUCGGAUCGUGCCAAAGAGUAUCACACUACCGGAGACUGGAAGCUGUUUCGACACGACCUCGGUGGCUCCGAAGCGACGUACAAACGAGAAAGUGGACGACUCGGCACAUAUCAGCGCCUUCUCCUUGUCCAAACCGUCGAAACCACAUACCACCGACAGCUUCCUCCGUAAGGGUCAAGGCACAGGAGGAACGGUUGAUCUCGAGAAAACGCUGAAGGCGGACAAGCAUGAGAAUUUAUCGCCCCGGUCGAGGCACCAACAGCCAGCAGCAUAUCGAGAGCGGCCUAACCCACCCGACACGUCCUUCCGAAGAUUCUAUGAACGGGCUGACCUGCCGAUCCAGAUUGACCACGGCGGUGUACGCAAUAUGGUGGCCUGGAAGGUGGAUAUCACCAAGCUCGACUUCCACCACUACCUCCCUAUUUUCUUCGACGGCCUUCGAGAAGUGGAGGAGCCCUAUGCAUUCCUGUCUGAACAAGGCAUUAAGGACAUGCUCAUCAACGCCAGCAACAAAGUGUUGCCAGUGAUUCCGCAGCUCAUUAUUCCGAUCAAGAACGCCCUCAACACACGCAACGCUGCGAUUAUUGUCAAGACCUUACACAUUUUGCAGCUCAUGGUUACGUGCGAGGCUGCGGCUCAACCAGGUAGCGGCCCCGGUCUCAUCGGUCAGGCGCUCGUGCCAUACUAUCGACAGAUUCUUCCAGUUCUCAACAUCUUCAUUCGGAAGAAUGAUAACCUUGGUGACGCUAUCGACUACGGUCAGCGUAAGCAGUUGAAUCUGGGUGACCUCAUCCAGCAGACGCUGGAGAUUAUGGAGUCUCAUGGUGGCGAUGAUGCCUUCAUCAACAUCAAAUACCUGGUCCCCACUUACCAGAGUGUGUGCGUGGGCUAG